AGGAUCCUUCGUGUACAAAUUCGAACCACAUGAAUCCAUGGAAGCGAAUAAAAGUGCAAAACUAACCCUAGAACAUGUAGCAGCACCUACCGUUACCCUUCGGGCUCGCCGUAGGGGAUGAGAAUGGGGACUGUCGUCGACUCCCAUUUCUUGGCCCUCACCGCCCUCGUCACGGUUGGAUAUCAGCUGGUAUUCUUCGUCGUCACCGCGUUGCUUAGGUUUGACAAGGUCACUGACUUUGCUGGUAGCACAAAUUUUGUUGUCCUUGGUAUAUUAACUCUUGCUUUAAAAGGAGCAUGGCAUUUCCGACAGAUUGUAUUGACAAUGCUUGUGGUGCUUUGGGGACUUCGCUUGGGACUAUUUUUAUUGAUGAGGAUCCUGCAGUGGGGGGAGGACCGCCGUUUUGACAGAAUGCGUAACAAUUUGGUGAAGUUGGCAGUUUUUUGGAUAAUCCAGGCUGUCUGGGUGUGGACUGUUAGCUUGCCUCUCACAAUUGUGAAUGCUAGUGAUAGAAAUCCAUCUGUCAAACCUCAAGAUAUCAUUGGUUGGAUAAUGUGGGGUGUGGGCUUAUCUAUUGAAGCAACUGCUGAUCAGCAGAAAUUGAUGUUCAAGAAUUCUCCUUCUAAUAGGGGAAAAUGGUGCAAUGUAGGACUUUGGAAAUAUUCUCGUCACCCAAAUUACUUUGGUGAGAUUCUCCUAUGGUGGGGAAUAUUUGUAGCUUCUACUCCUGUUCUAGAAGGUGCAGAAUGGCUAGUAGUUGUUGGACCUAUAUUCUUGACUCUGUUGCUUCUGUUUGUUAGCGGCAUCCCCCUACUUGAGAAAUCAGCUGAUAAGCGUUUCCGGUCGGAAGCAGAGUACCGUUUCUACAAAAGCACAACAAGCCCUCUUGUUCUAUUGCCACCUUUUGUAUAUGCAAAACUGCCACUGUGGUUCAAGGUAGCUUUCCUUUUCGAGUUCCCUCUCUACAGUCAAGGUUUUCCACAUGAAGGAAGGUCAAGCUGACUGUGCUCAAGCCUUCUCCGGAAAUCAAUUCCUGUGACGUAUGUACACUUUUUCUUUCUCAUUCUACCUAUACUAUACACAGUUUUAUGAGGAACCGGAUACGAUUUCAUCGUUUUCGAGUUCUACUCUUCCUGUUGAGAGUUCGAUGCUGCCUUAGAAAAUAUGACACUGUAUAAUUCACAUCAGACUGUCGAAUCCUUGUAUUUACACACUGUAUUGCUUUACAAAUGGAUAUAAGAAUCAUCCUGUGUUUUAUGCUCUGCAA